CCCCUGGGAGCCGCCUCCUUGGAAUGCUCUGUCCCGCUGGAGGGCUCGGGAGGAUGGCCCCGAGGGGUUACGGGCGCAGGUGGGCCCUCGGCCCGGUGUGAGCCAGCGGUGGAAGGUUGUGUUUUACCGGACCGCCCCCGUCCUGCUCCCUGCGCGUUUCCCUGGAGCGCAGCGGUGUUUGCUCGGGAAGGGCUGGGAAACGGGAUUAUUCGGGAUACAAGCGCCUUCAGCGGCGUCUUGGCGCCGUUCAUCAGCCGUGAGAUACCAGGGGGGUUGUGUGGCAGCCUCCGGAGGGGUUUGGGGUCGUUCCUUUGGGUCAGGGAUGCUCCAAGUGCAGCAGCAGCGCAGGGACGGCUGGGCCUGGCUUUGGGACUGCUCUUAAUAGAUGAAACUUUGACUUAAGGAAAUAAAACUUGCCGAUUGACACCCCCUGAGGGGUCUAACCGAGCGGCUGGAUUUUUGUAUCCCAGUUUGCGGUGUUGAAGUAGACAAGAAGAAAGCCCAUAGCGCUGUACUUUCGAUUUGCAGGUGUUCCCUAUCCAGGCACAACUUUAUAUAAACACCUGGCAGCUUUUCAGCCUGGAAAGGGUGGGAAUGUUGCCCUUGAAUUAAGUAGUACGGUGCAAUGGGGAGUUUAAUUUUUUUCACGUGUGCCAAAUGAGGUAGAUUACCCAUAUGAAGAAAAAGGUAAUCUGUUAAUUUGGCCCUGUUAAUGGUUAGUGGUUGCUGUCUGUUCAUGAAAUUGUCACAAAGGGGAUGUAUUUAACAAACAUUUAUCUGGGAAAGUGCUACUUUUCACUCACUUUCACAGUUUAGUUCUAUUCUGCAUUUUUUGGCUAAAAUAUUUUUGUUUUAAAAGGUUAGUUUUCAAAACUGUGUGGCCAUUUGUAAACAUGCCCUCCCCAAACAAACGAAACUCCAGUCCACAGCUGGAUUCCACCUGAUGAAUUAUCUCGUAUUUAGAAGCUAUUGAAGAGUCAGACAAGUUGUAUAUUGGGGCCACACAGUCAUUGCUUUUCCUGCUGGAUCCAUCAUGAUAACUCCAGCUUUUGAACUGACCCAGGAUCUGGAUUUUCUCACGAUAAUAAUCAGAGUACCUUAUGCCAGAGCUUCAGAGUUUGAUGUGUAUUUUGAAGGGGAAGACUUUAAAUUUUAUGCUAAGCCAUACUUUCUCAGAUUGACACUUCCUGGGAGAAUUGUAGAAGAUGGCAGAGAAAAAGCAUCCUAUAAUACAGAUGAAGGAACUUUUACAAUUCGGUUACCCAAGGAGGUUCCUGGCCAGUAUUUUGAGGGCCUGGACAUGCUGACAUCUCUUUUAGCACCAAAGAAAUCAAGAUCAGCAAAGCCUUUGGUAGAAGAGAUAGCUGCCUCUGCUGAGCUGUCUGAGGAGGAGGAGGAAGAAGAAUUUGACUGGGAAAUAGAACAGACCCCUUAUGAAGAAAGUUCAGAAAGCACUCCACCACUGCAGCACCCUUAUGGAUUUGGGAAUUUGCGGUCAGGGGUGUUCCAGAGGCUGCAGGAUGAGCUCAGUGAUGUGAUUGACAUCAAGGAUCCAGACCAGACUCCUGCAGAUGAACGAAGGAGGAGACGCCUGGAAGCUGAGGCUGCCAAGUUUGAGCCUGAUCAUUACCUAGCUGAUUUUUUUGAAGAUGAAGCUAUUCAGCAUGUUUUAAAGUACAAACCCUGGUGGGUUGAUGCACAUAAAAAGCUGACAGCCUUGCAGAGGGAAAGUCAUCAGGAACAUGACACUCAUACAUUUGUUGUCUUCUCUGAGGAAGAGAGAGAGCAGCUCAGAAAGUUCACAAAUAAAUCUUACCUGCUGGAUAAAAGGAGCCGUCAUCAUGUAUAUCUUGGAUUAAUUGAUAUCCUCCUGGCAUAUUGCUAUGAGAUCUGUAUCAAUGAAGGGGACAAAAAUGUUGAAUCAUCUUGGAACAUCAGGAAACUGAGUGCAACGUUGUGCUGGCUGGAGAGCUUCACUUGCAUCCAUGAUGUCCUGGUAUCUUUUGGAAGAAGAGUGCUCUGCUACCCCCUGUACAGACAUUUUGGGUUAGUGACACGUGCCUUCAGUGACACAGUCAUGAUACUGCAAUUAGGAAAAGCUGCAGUUUUGAAGUGUCUGCUGGACGUUCACAAGAUUUUCAGGGAGAGUGACCCUGCCUACAUCCUUAACGAUCUCUUCAUUACAGACUAUUGCAUCUGGAUUCAAAAAAUCAAGUCAAAAAAGUUGGCUGCACUCUCUGAGUCCUUGCAGAAAACCACGCUCACCAAGUCCCACAUGGGGUUGGAACUGGAGGAGCUGGAAGCAGCAGCAGUGCUGGUACAGGAGGAAGAGAACGCGUUAAAAGCUGCUGGCACAGUUUCCAAGCAACAGCUGCUUUCCUCGGAGUCAGAGACGAGUGACUCUGAAGAAUCAAGCAGCACUUCAUCAUCUGAGACAGAAGGCUCUGAUUCAGAUGAGCAAGAGUCCUCGACCAGUGAAGAUGGGGAAAUAAAUUCCUUCCAAGGCACACUUGAGGAGGAGAGGACAGCUCCACUUAUUGACUGUAAUGGACUGAGGCAGGGCACAAACACCUCGGCGCUGGGGGUUAGUGAUGGAACAGCAGAGGCUUCUUUGCAAUCUGUGUCUCUUCCCAGGAAAUUGAUAGAGGAAUUGGAAAUGCAAAUGCACUCUGCAAUGAGGCUUUCAGAGCAGCCUGAAGGAUUGGCUACUGUGAGCUGCGUUUCACAGGAACAAGCAGAAAACCCUGUACCCAAACCUGACAGAUUUUCAGAAGAUGCUGCUGGGAAGGGAAGUUUCUUGGAGGUGUCUUCAAAGCCAAACCCGUUGCUUUUUCUCUGCAGCACAAAUGAAGAUGAAGACUAAAGGACCCUGUAGGAACACAGUGUGACCCACGGGCACACAGCUCAUCACUGUGAUGAGAUGUCCCAAGGCUGUCCUGAGCUGCAGAAACACGUUUUUGUUUUUUUGUUGGAGGACAAGACUGCUUUGAAAAGAAUUUGUAUGACUGUGUGUUAGACACCUUCACAGUUAAUUUUUAUUUUUCUCCUCUGAUUAAACAGUCUGAGUUUUGAUGUGGCAAUGUAUAAUUUCAAUAAACUUCUAGAAGCAGUCGUCAUAAAGCUUAUUCAGUGAUGUCCUAGUGAAAUACAACUGAAAUGAGUUGUAGCAUGAUUUUAGUUAUCUUUAGCUGUUGGGAUUUACUUGAAAAAAUAUCAUGUUUCUAUAAACUUUUUUGACAUUGAACUACUAUUUCUUAAUUUUAAAAUGCUUUAUAGCUAACCACUUCAAAAAUAGUGGUUACAAGUUUAAAAGUCUAAAUAGUUGAUUGCAAAUUAUUUUUAAAUAUAUAUUUUCUAAAUUUUUGUACAAAAUAAAGGCUAUGUCUUUGUCAUCAGUACAAGAAAAAAUGGUCAUCUUAUGUGUCCAAGGGAUAGAAGGUUAUAUUUCUGCAGUUCUUACAGAAGUUAUUUUAGCAGUUUUGUCAUCUAUUUAUUCUUUUUUGUUGUUUUUGAAAUGUUGGGCACUCCUGUGGACAUUUCUUUUGCUCUUUAAAGAACAGAAAUCCCAAUUAUUUCUUAUUCCUGCAUAUGGCCCUACUACCAUUCCAGUAAUGUUAACCAAAAUGAAGGAACAAUGUGGCACGUGGGUCAUGAGCACAGGACUGAGAGCAAACCUGGGCUCUCUGGUCCUGACUUUGCUGGUCUGGCACGUAGCUUUGGCCAACUUACCUGCUCCUUUUUGUCCUUAUAAUAUUAAAACAAUUCAGUCACUUGAUAUAUUUCGUUAACUAGUUUCUGUUGUUGAAAUCAGAUGGCUACUGCAAAUUAUCAGCUGCUAUUUAAUCUCUACAGAAGGAUUUGGGAAGGAAGGAGGAUGGAACAUGGACCACCAGGUUUGGAUUCAGCAGGAGCACAAACCCACCAGGAGCCCCCUGAUUCACACCUCUGAAGGAGCAAGUUGUGAUUACUAUUCAACCUUCUUGCUAUUAAAAAGUGUGUAAAGAUCCCAAGCUUAA